AUCCCUGAAUUUGUCGCAACAAGUCUGAGAAGAGAAUUGUCGCAUUUGUCCUGGGUUUCGAUUGCCUGCACUUGCAGUGGAGCCUGACCACAGGAUGGACGGUCCAGGCUACGAGGAUGUCUUUCAACGGCCAUUGCUGAGCUUGGAAGAGGACUUGUUAGCCAUGGCCGAACGGCACCAAGAGGCCCUAAGAGCCACCCUGCAGUCGCACCGACGAAAUAUGGCGAAGUACAUGGCACAAAUGGAUGGCAGGAGAGAGUCAUCCUCGACCAUCUCAUCAUGUCCUGGAUCCCCAAGCGACGCCUCCGAAGUGCAGAUCUUAGCGGAGAUCCACGAAGAGGACUUGGUGCCCAGGCUUAGUGCUUGCCGAUCGAGUGGAAGCAAAAAAGCCUUGGCCUUAGAGAAGAGCUGUUUGGAUUCGCCGCUGGCUGUGGCUCGACCAUCGAAUCAGCCCAUCCUCUCAGAGGCUUUGGAGGUAGAGUUCCCUCCAUCUCCACAUCCCGAAGACGAGCAAACGAUGGAGGGCGCAGAGCAGAAAGCCACGCCGUCCAAAAAGUCUUCAUCAAGGCCCAAGACGGACUCAGAAGUGAUCGACAAUUGGGCUGCGGCAGAGAUGCUACAACUGACAGGGGAGGACAAGAUCAUGGGCAAGUUUGAUACCCUCAUUGGUGUUUGCGUGCUGCUGAACCUUGAAUGCUCUUGCCAUGGCAGUAACCCUGGAAUGCGUAGGGAGCGUGUCAGCCGCACCUCGGUACGCAUCAAGAUGAAGGUCUCCGUGGGUUUGAAGCAGGACCCAUUUUGGUGCUCUGCAAUGCCCGCCUUGGAGGAGCAACACAAGUUGGUAGCUGAAAUCUUCAAGUGCUGGAAGGCCAAUGAGGAUCUAUGCCGUAGGGCAGCGACUGGUAAGCUAGCCAACGUUGCAAAACCAAAAGCUUUGACACGGCGUGAUGUCAGCAUCAAUGUGGAGCUUCUGACCCCGAGCUGCUGGUGCAUUGCCGGCCUCGCGGAAAGGCUCUUCCGUCCGGCAGGGGCCUUUGGUGUUCUUCCCUGGAACCGCCUGGUGAUGAUUCCGGAGGUGAUGCUGGUUGCGGCGACCGAUGAUUGGGGUGAUGAUGGUGAAGGGGGUGAGUGCAUGGAAAGUGAGCAUGAGGAAGAUGAUCCGGUUGUUGAACCCGAAGAAGUCCCAAUGACAGCUCCCCCUGUGAAGACACCAGCCCCAGUGGUGGAACCCCCUGAAGAAACCCCUGUGGGAAAAGCGACCGUGGAACCCGUCAACAAGAUCCCAGCGGAGGCAUCAACGCCAGCUUUGACAUCAAGCAGCCCUGCCAACACCAGCGAGUUGAAGCAAGGACCGAACCUGAAGAAGUCAGUGCCUCUUCGCUUGGGGCAACCUCGGCCAGGAAAACCUACUGGCGAUCAUGUUAUCGAGCACACGGACAAGGGAUACCAUUGUGCGACUUGCAACCUUACCGGGUCUGACCUCAAGUGCAAACCUUGUUCGGGGAAACCGGAUAGUAGCAAGGGUCCUGGGGAGAAAGAACCCGAAGAGAAAGUUGAAGAGAAAGCCACAACCAUGGACGAAUCUGAGCUGCUGUUAGAGCAACUCUUGCAGGAAGAGUUGGAGCUUGCUCAAAUGCUUGAGGAAUCUAUGGCGUUGUCACUGACGCAGCCACAUGUGGAUGCUGUUGUGCCAGCGGACAAGGUCCAGGACCAAGAGGACCCUGAGCUUCAAAAAGCUCUUGAGAUGUCACUGCAGGACUUGCCCAAGGCAGAUUCGAAUGAGGACGAUUUGGCAGAAGCCAUCGCCCUGUCAAUGACAUGUCCAACAUCGAGUCCAGAGGAGCCAGCUGCUUCCAGCCCAGAGGCUGGAACGCAGGAUGGCGCCAUUCUUUCUGGCAAGGACCUAUACAACAUGCAGCUGAUCGUGAACAUGGGCUUCACAAAGGGUCAAGCCAUUUGGGGGGUCAAGAGGGCCAACCAAGGAAAUGGAAGUGUAGACCUUGCGCUUCAGCAUGCCUCAUGGAAGUGUGAUGCGGAAAUCCUGAUGGCAAAGCGCCAAAAGUUGGAUGAGCUGGUCUGCCAGAGCAGGCCACUUCAGCCCCAGGAGGUUGUAGGCAUGGACAACAUUGAUACUUUGCCUAUGGGGGAUACAUUGGUCGAUGCGGUCAUUGCUGCUACCCAAGAGUCAGAGAUCUUGAGAGCAAAAACCAUGACCCUAGAUGAGACCCAUGACACCGAACCUGCCCAAGCUGACAUUGCCAACCCAGCCAAGGAGGUUGAACCUGCAGAUGCUGUCGAUCCUUCAGACAAGGAUCGCCCUGAUGCGAUUUUGCAGUCCUUGCUCCCGAUCACUCCCGGGGAGCAGCGUGGGCCCAAAGGCCGGGGACGAGGCAAAGGACGUGGGCGGGGGAAAGGCCGUGGGAAAAACAAGAAGGCAGAAGGUGAGAUGGAACAUGAGGUUGAGGAACAGCAGCCAUCAGCUUCCAGCUCAUGCAAAAGAAAGAAAAGAACACCUGCGACGGACAAGACUGAAAGUACCAAAGAGACCAAGAUCACCAAGAAAGGCAAGCGAGACGCAGACACCAAAAAGGCCAAGGGAGACGCAGACACCAAAAAGGCAAAGGGAGACGCAGACAAACGCAAGAAACGUGAACCGAAAGCAAAGGCUUCCCCCAAGAAGAAAACCACGCCUGUCAAGGGGGUCCGUGCAAAGCGUGCUAGUGGCAGUAAGUCACCUGAGGAAGCAUUGAAAAAGAAGAAAUUGUUAAGCCGAAAAAGCAGUGCAUACCACACGGCCAAAAGGAAGGCCCUUCAGGAAGGGAGAACAAAGGAAGAAGCCUUGAAGUUGGCUACUGCAGUACCUUGA